AUGUCGAACGUGCCCCUGAAACAAUGCGAGGAGUAUAUUUGGCACAUGAAAACUAGAGAUGAGAGAGAGGAGAGGAAUAACCUGUGCAUCCUCGCGGAAAUCGGUGGCCAUAUUACCCUACCAGGGGAAUAUCCGCACAUGGGGGCAGUGGGUUGGAAAGCGGCUGGUGGUGGAACAUGGAUAUUCAAAUGUGGCAGCUCUCUCAUCAGUCACAAGUUCCUACUGACUGCAGCGCACUGCUCCCGCACAGGAAGAGAUCCCUCCAUCGAAGACCCAGUACCGAAAAUAGUACGACUUGGAGACAAGAACAUAGCUGACGUGUUCUCCAACCAACAACUCCCCACUGACAAGACCAUCCUAAGAAUAACGAAGCACCCAGAAUACGCCGCACCGAAGAAGUACCACGACAUAGCGAUCAUCGAGCUUGUGGAUGGUGUCACGGACUUUACAGAGCUGAUUCAGCCUGCUUGUCUUUGGGGCAACUUCGACACUAGCAGUCUUGGUUAUAAAGCUAACCUCACUGGGUGGGGGGUGGUUGAGACGACUAGUCUCCAAUCCUCUCCCGAGCUGCAGGCAGCAGAAGUGGACAUCAUCGACUCUGGCGUCUGCGACCAGCUUCUGAGGCCGUUCUGCAGCAGAUUAUGGUGCGGUGUGCAGGACGGACAGAUCUGCGCGGGAAAGCUUGCCGGUGGAGUCGACGCGUGUCAGGGUGACUCUGGAGGCCCUCUCCAAGUGCGAAUCCCCGAUCUAGACGUCCCUGGACAAGGCACGCUGCACUACGUGAUCGGCGUGACUUCGUUCGGGAUCGGCUGCGCCCGCUCCAAUAAGCCAGGCAUUUAUGCCAGGGUGUCGCAGUACAUUGACUGGAUUGAGGGGAUUGUGUGGAGAUAAAAUACUGCAAAAAUUGCA